ACGUAGUUCCUGGUGUGGUGGUCUAUCUCUCAUCCGAUGGUUAAAUGCUCGGAGAUAUUAGCUGCAUAAGCUACUCUGAAAUCCGAGGGUAAAUAAAUAUAUCUUAUUAGAUGUUUUGAUGGGGGAGUGUGUGGCUUCAAGCAAAGCUACACCAGUUUUAAAAGUUCAUUAAAGAGAAGCCUGAAAAGUGUGAAUUUUCCUUGAAGUUCUUCUCUUGGCAAACUAAAUUCAGUUAUCUACUUUUUUAUGCAAGCGGAAGCAAUUUCAGGGUAGCUGAGAUACAUCGAAGAAAGGGCUUUUUUCGGAUACAAACAGCCUCUUUUCGAGGUUCUUUAUAUAGCGUUUAGCCUGUGAACAGGCUCCCUCGGCUACUUCACUCUCAUUGGCAGUUCCUUCUUGGCCCUUCCCGAGCUGCGGCCAGACCCUUUCAGCCGAAGCGUUAGAGAAGACUCUGAGCUGAGGAAUACUGGGAAGUUCGACCGUUCCGCAACUUUUAGGAGAGCUACGAGAAACCUUAGCCGGUUGCGCACGGGGUCACACGAAAGAAAAGGCGAGGUUGAAAACUGGCCGCGCGCGGGUGCAAAAAUAAGCGGAGAAAACGAGUUUCCUACGAGCCUGUAAAUGGUGGGAUUUCGCGCACGAGGUUGGAACAUAGUACUUGCGCGCAAAAUCCCACCAGCUACGCAUACUGGUGCGCUAUCGAUCAGCGCGAUUACGUGUACAGGUCGCGAUACAACAGCGCAAACCGCGAGAGAGCGCGUGGAGCGCGAUAAAGAUUUUAUAUGAUACGCAACUAUCUGAACCUUGACCUAUCCAGUUAUUGUGAUUUCUCAAAAUAAAGGAUCACUGUUUUCUUUGUUUGUGUUAAUCUACGAUGCAAGGUUUUCUUUGCCACCGAAUUUCAACAUAUACCCACUGUCCUUACGAUUUCAAAAGUCAACUAUAUGAUAUGUAAGCCAGCGAGUCUGUUUGUUUUCCAAGAGAGGAAAAAAUGUUUCCACAAUACCCCCGUCUACGUUUGUUCCUAGCGGUUGCAACACUUUUACUUUCGCAACGGCCACACGGUUUAAGCUCUUCGACUGCCAAACAAGAAAGAGCAAGAAUUAGAACACUACCUCAAAACUGUGCAAACGGAUUUUUGCAGCCCAGGAUUUGUCCAAAGGAAGAUGCACAACACAUCUCACCGGACUCGCUGUUCUGGUUAGUGAAACUGAAAGGAGUGAAAGUUGGUCAUGUUCGCGAAAUGAACCUUACUGAUAGUAAAACGUAUCGCGUUGUGACGCGCAGUUUACGGCCGUUGCUAUUUGAGAUACCUGAGUUUCUCAGCCACAAAGAGUGUGAUCUCUUCAUCCAACUCUCGCAAGAACGGCACCUCGCAGAUAGCAAGACUAUUUUUGGAAGAGGAGAAGGUAUCGAUAGGAGAGAGUUUGAAAGGAAGUUGAUGAGAGAAAAUCUGACUUUCGAGAGAAAGGUGUUCUGCAAGUCCCUCGAACGGUCGUGCAACGAUCUCAACAGCGACGGGAAAAUUAGUGUACAAGAAUUUGUCGAGUAUAUGGAUUAUGAGAAGCACAUUCAUCCCACAAAAGAAGAUGCCUCGCCAAUGUUCAGACUCUUGGAUCUUGAUUCGGACGGAUAUGUUGUUUACGAAGAGUGUUCUAACACGACGUUGGAUUCUUUUGUAGAGUUUCUUUAUCACAUCGAGAAGCUCAAAUCCAAUCCUCGAUAUUUUAUUCGAUUUAGUGAGUCCACAUCGCUACUCAUGGACAAGCCGAUUAUAAAGAGUUUGCAGGAGAGAAUAGUAAAAUUAACAGGGCUCUCAAGAACGUUGAUUGAGAAAAGUGAACCAAUUCAGGUUGUACGGUACUCGGUGUUUGGCCAUUACAACGCGCAUUACGACACAUCAUACGGACCUGCGGCAAAAAAAGAAUGUUGCAUCAGAAAGGAUGACAUCGACUGUCACUUAUGCAGAUUUAUAACUAUAAUCCUGUACUUGAACGACGUGGCUAAAGGAGGAGAAACGGCUUUUCCCGUGGCGGACGAUGCCAACCGUUACUACGUAAGAAACUACUCCGUGACCCUGAACGAAAAAUGCCAAGAGGCUAACUUGCUGAUCAAACCGAGGAAAGGAAGUGCAGUCAUGUGGUACAAUCAUCUCCUCGAGCAUGACGGGGCGACUCAUAUGGGCACCAUCGAUUGGUUGUCUUUACACGGCGGGUGUGACGUCAUCGAGGGUGUUAAGUGGAUUGCGAACGUGUGGCUAAAUGCACCCUCGAAGAAAAGAAGAAAUACAUAACUUGAAUCGACAGAGGAGAAAGAGUAAUAGAGUACCCCUUUUUUCAGGCCUUCUUCCGAACAGAAUCCCUCUCAAGUUGUUUUUAAAUUAGUACCGUCUUCAGAAACCCAUCGAGGGUCUAGAAAUUGCCAAACCUGUGACGCGAAUGUUAGUCACGUGAUCAGCCCUAGCGGCUUUACACGCAAUCUCGAUCCUAGGUUCUUUCUCCUUUGCCUUCCUCGCCAUUAACGUGAGGGUGCUUGGGAACAAGGUUGCUUUACACGCAUUUUUCAUCUUCCACGAAAGGAUCCACGCAAUGAUAUGUACGGGGUAACAUUAUCCGCGGAUGGACUAGAUACCAUAUCUUAAACAUAACCAGAAAGGGAUUGUCUUGAGAAAAAGGCCUAUAUGGGGGACUAGCUCUCUACUAUUCAUACUCUCUUAGUUGGAUUUUGUCAUGAUUAGCCAACUCGUUACCAGGGUCCCUCCCAGUCUCUGAGGGAAAAAGCCCUGGGAGCAAAGUUUGUGAUUAGCCUCUUCGACAUGCUUAGAAGCCUGGUGAAUGAGAAUUUAAUGUCUACUGGACGCUCAAUACUUUUCAUGAAGAUCCAAUUCUGACUACACUAACACGAGACAAACAAUGUGAAUAGUUUAUUAAGGAUGCGUC